CCAAGAUGGCAGCCCCCAUGACACAUGCGUAAUGUUAUUAGUCUGUUGAUCGAGUUAGACAUCACCCCCAAUAAGAGACAGCAGAUCGAUCUACUUCAACAAGAUGUCAUUGUCAAGUGAGCGGAGAGUGCUCGUUCUGUAUGGGAGUCAGACUGGUACCGCACAGGAUGUGGCUGAGAGGGUGGGUCGGGAGGCACGGAGACGGCAUUUCCACACGAGAGUCUCGGAACUGGAUUCAUAUCAAAUUGCUGACCUGAUACAUGAACCUCUGGUCAUCUUCGUGUGUGCCACCACUGGUCAAGGGGAUCCUCCAGAUAACAUGAAGAGAUUUUGGAAGUUUAUCCUGCGAAAGAACCUGCCUGCAGGCUCCCUUGGUCAAGUUCACUUCGCCGUGCUGGGGCUUGGCGAUUCCUCCUAUCAGAAGUUCAAUGUGGUUGGCAAGAAGCUGUACCGCCGCCUGCUCCAGCUGUCAGGUCAGUCCCUGGUCAGUGUGGGCCUUGCCGAUGACCAGCAUGAGCUGGGGCCAGAUGCUGUCAUUGACCCGUGGUUGACAUCACUGUGGAAGAAAGUUCUGGACCUUUGGCCACUGCCGCCUGGGGCUGAGAUCAUCAGUGCUGACAUCUGCCCCGCCCCUAGAUAUAGGGUUACCUUCUGUCAGGGAAACUCCAGCAGUAUGAAUGGAAGCCUGGGUGUAGACAAUCACACAUACUCGGCAACAGAUCCGUACAUGGCCCGUCUGCUUUCUAAUGAGAGAGUUACUGCCCCUGGUCACUUCCAAGAUGUCCGCCAUGUUAAGCUGGAUAUCACUGACUCAGGAAUAAGCUAUGCACCAGGUGAUGUCGUGAUGGUUCAUCCUGAAAAUCUGCCUGACAUGGUGGAAGAGUUUCUUCAACAUUUUAAUCUGGAUCCAGACAAAGAAUUCACGCUGGAGCAAAAUGAUUCCGACAUUCCACUUCCACCCUCCCUGCCUCACUGCUGUAGUGUCGGCCAUCUUGUGAAGAAAUAUUUGGAUAUCGGGGGAAUACCACGCAGGUAUUUCUUCGAGCUUCUGUCGCUUCUGUCUACAGAUGAACUGGAGAAGGAAAAACUGCAGGAGUUCUCCUCAGCAGAAGGACAGGAGGAGCUCUACACGUACUGCAACCGCCCCCGACGGACCACGCUGGAGGUUUUACAAGAUUUCCCACAGACAAGCAGUCAGAUAAAAUUUGAGUAUUUACUGGACUUGAUUCCACCACUGCAGCCAAGAGCUUUCUCCAUUGCAUCAUCACAACAGGCAAUGCCAAAUGAAAUUCACAUGCUAGUUGCUGUGGUUCAAUAUAAGACGAAGCUGUUCAAGCCACGAAGGGGAGUGUGUUCAACAUGGCUGGCUUCUCUCAAGGCCGACCUAGAUGUGACCAUCCCGGUAUGGGUGAAGAGAGGAACUAUACACUUCCCCACCUCACUACAGACACCAGCCAUCAUGGUGGGACCAGGGACGGGGGUGGCGCCGUUCAGAAGCUUCAUCCACGACCGAGCAGCCAACAAUGCUGGAGGCAACGUGUUGUUCUUCGGCUGUCGUAGCCAGUCCGCUGACUACUACUGUGGUGCUGAGUGGACCGAGCUGAGUGGGCGGGGCCUCCUGCACGUGCUGACCGCCUUCUCCCGGGACCAGGAGGACAAGGUGUACGUCCAGCACCGUAUCCGGGAUAACGCCGCGCUGAUCUGGGAUCUCCUUGACAACCACCAGGCCUGGUUCUACAUUGCUGGGAACGCCAAGAGAAUGCCGGAUGUAUAUGACACAGUGUCUCUGUUUGCAGGAACGCCAAGAGAAUGCCGGAAGUACAUGACACAGGGUCUCUGUUUGCAGGAACGCCAAGAGAAUGCUGGAUGUAUAUGACACAGGGUCUCUGUUUGCAGGAACGCCAAGAGAAUGCCGGAUGUAUAUGACACAGGGUCUCUGUUUGCAGGAACGCCAAGAGAAUGCAGGAUGUAUAUGACACAGGGUCUCUGUUUGCAGGAACGCUAAGAGAAUGCAGGAUGUAUAUGACACAGGGUCUCUGUUUGCAGGAACGCUAAGAGAAUGCAGGAUGUAUAUGACACAGGGUCUCUGUUUGCAGGAACGCCAAGAAAAUGCCGGAAGUACAUGACACAGGUUCUCUGUGUGCAGGAACGCCAAGAAAAUGCCGGAAGUACAUGACACAGGGUCUCUGUUUGCAGGAACGCCAAGAAAAUGCCGGAAGUACAUGACACAGGGUCUCUGUUUGCAGGAACGCCAAGGGAAUGCAGGAUGUAUAUGACACAGGGUCUCUGUUUGCAGGAACGCCAAGAAAAUGCCGGAAGUACAUGACACAGGGUCUCUGUUUGCAGGAACGCUAAGAGAAUGCAGGAAGUAUAUGACGGAGGGUCUCUGUUUGCAGGAACGCCAAGAGAAUGCCGGAAGUACAUGACACAGGGUCUCUGUUUGCAGGAAUGCUAAGAGAAUGCAGGAUGUAUAUGACACAGGGUCUCUGUUUGCAGGAACGCCAAGAAAAUGCCGGAAGUACAUGACACAGGGUCUCUGUUUGCAGGAACGCCAAGAAAAUGCCGGAAGUACAUGACACAGGGUCUCUGUUUGCAGGAACGCCAAGAGAAUGCAGGAUGUAUAUGACACAGGGUCUCUGUUUGCAGGAACGCCAAGAAAAUGCCGGAAGUACAUGACACAGGGUCUCUGUUUGCAGGAACGCUAAGAGAAUGCAGGAUGUAUAUGACACAGGGUCUCUGUUUGCAGGAACGCCAAGAGAAUGCCGGAAGUACAUGACACAGGGUCUCUGUUUGCAGGAUAGCUAAGAGAAUGCAGGAUGUAUAUGACACAGGGUCUCUGUUUGCAGGAACGCCAAGAGAAUGCCGGAAGUAUAUGACGGAGGGUCUCUGUUUACAGGAACGCCAAGAGGAUGCCGGAUGUAUAUGACACAGGGUCUCUGUUUGCAGGAACGCCAAGAGAAUGCCGGAAGUAUAUGACGGAGGGUCUCUGUUUACAGGAACGCCAAGAGGAUGCCGGAUGUACAUGACACA